AUGGCGCAAAAAGGGACGCGUGCUGCGAGCCAUGCAGGCAGCUGGUAUGAGGGCCGGGCAAAGGUGCUCUCAAAGCAGCUUGAUGGUUAUCUGGCAGAUGUGCCUACCACCUUGGACAGCAGCAGCUUGCCUAUUCCCGGCGCGAGGGUCGUCAUUGCACCACACGCCGGAUACAGCUACUCGGGGCCCUGCGCUGCGUGGGCGUACAAGGCGCUCGAUCUCAGCAACGUCAAGCGAGUCUUUGUGCUGGGACCGUCGCACACGUACUACCUCAAGGGAUGUGCUUUGACCCGGUAUGCAAAGUACGCCACGCCGUUUGGCGAUCUGGUGGUGGAUGAGGCCAUCACCAAGGAGCUCCGGGAUACGGGCAAGUUCUCGGACAUUCGAACGAGUGGUGGUGAGGACUGUGACGUCGAGGAGCACUCUCUCGAGAUGCACCUGCCCUACAUUUACAAGCGGUGUAGCCAGACGUUUGGGUCCGAGUCCGAGUACCCGACCAUUGUUCCGAUCCUGGUCGGCGACAACAAGGGUCCCGAAGAGAAGGCGUUUGGUGAGCUGCUGGCGCCUUACUUUCGCGACCCCGAGGCCGCCGUCGUUGUGAGCUCCGACUUCUGCCACUGGGGCCGUCGUUUCCGCUACACGCCGCACACCAAGGGCAGCCCUAUUCACGAGCACAUCAAGGAUAUCGACCACCAAGCCAUGGAUGCGAUCAAGGGCGGCCGGCACGAUGACUUUGUCGAGAACCUGGCCAAGACUGAGAAUACCGUCUGUGGCCGGCACCCCAUCGGUGUGACCAUGGCGGCCCUCGAGGUCCUGGCAAAGGAGAAGGCGGAGGAGACGGAUAAGUACCGAUUCAAGUUUGUUCAAUACCAGCGGAGUGGGCUGGUUGAGGAUAUGGGUGACUCGAGUGUCAGCUAUGCGUCGGCCUAUGCCAUCAUUUAA